AUGAAGCUCUCGCUCCUGUUGGCCUCGGUCACCACAGCUCUGGUCGCGGGCACCGCUGUUCCUUCGCAGGAUGUCCAGGUGAUGCGCAGGGACCCCGUCUACGACGGCCCCAUCCCGGUGAGGGAGCUCGUUAGGAGGAACCACUUGGUACCUAUCGAGAGGCGUUCAGACCUCAUCGAGCGCAGAGCUCUCAAGAACAAGACCUACACCUUGGACUGGCAGAGACAAAAGGCUACCCUCUUCUCGGCAGAAUGGCAGGCAUCUUCACCCAGGAUACCGGUAGCCCCCCUGCCGGUGCCCGUCUCUCAAGCCGUCAGCGGCGGUUUUAGCCUCACCAUGCAGUGCGCCGACUGCAAGACGUACGGCAACAUUGUCGCCGUGCUCGAUGACAGUUUCACUGAUGGCGACGGUAUCCAAUAUCUUCUGACGUUCAACAAUGUCGGCGCCUACUUGGACCUGUCUCUGUUUGCAAGCGGCUCGGGCACCUAUACCAUUGGUCUCGGCACGGCCUUUGGCCCUUCCACCAACGUCACAGGAAAGGUUCUGUCGGCCAACUUUGGCAUCUCGAUGGACCUGAUCCUGCAGGUGACGGGCAAGGUGCAGGCCAAUGGCGGGUUCCAAAUUUCAAUCCCCGAUGGAGAGAAGGUUGGCUUCGAAGCCGACUUUCAUUUUAACCCCACGAAGCGGGAUGCAUUCAACCUUACGGGCCAGGUUCGCAGCGCACCACGAGUCAACUUCUCCCUUUUACCGCUCGCAACGUCGGACUCCUCGGUAAACAUCACCGCGGCUCUGCGCAUGAAAGUCAACGCCGGCUUGAGCGGCACCUUUGGCCCGGACGACUUCCCGGGCCAGAUAAGCCUCCAAGCCGCCGUGGGCGCGCACCUGACCGUGGUGGAGGCCAAGCUCGGCAGCGUGGUGGGCGGGUCGGGGUCGACGUGCAAGAACGCGUUGUUCAUCGACGUCGACUCCAACGGCGGCGCCUUUGCGCGCGCCGGCGGCUCCAUCGGCACGCGAUCCUUUGAGCGGGGGCCCUCGGCCACGACGACCUUCUUCGCCGCCGGCACGACGGUCUGCCUGGGCGACAAGAAGCCCACGCCGCGCUUCAUCGCCACGACGCCCGAGGUCAGAGACGGCGGCGCCGGCGCCGCGUGCCCGACCACGGCGCGCGUCACCGAGUCGACGACCGUGUCGUCCGUCUACACGUUGACGACGUGCGCCGUGCCCGAGAUCAACUGCCCGCCGCGCUUCGAGCAGACCGUCGUCGCCACGCACGUCGAGACCGUCAGCACCAUCAAGUGUCCCGGCGUCAGCCCCACGCCGGCCCUGCAGACGCCGCCCCCGACCGUCGCGCCCGUCGCGCCCGUCGCGCCCACCGGCCUCCCCGUCAACCUGACCCAGGUGCCCAGCCCCCAGGUGGCCACCGUCCCGGCCUAUACAAACUUUACGCUCCCGGCCAACGCGACCGCCGUCACGGGCGCCUUCGUGGCCGUCACGCCGCCGCCCGAGAGCAAGGGUGGGGACGACAGCAAGGGCCCGGCCGACAAGGAGAAUUCGGGAUUUGUGUUGGAGGCUCCGGGGUUGUGGGGUACCACGGCUGCGAUGCUGGCGGUGUGUUUUGUGAUGGUUUUGUUAUAA